GAGAGAAAACUCCAGUCUGAUGUUGGGGAGUCUGCUGAGUUAAGGUUAUAGGACGAAGGAGGAGGGAAUCUAGUCCCGCCCCGGACUAGGGCAGCGCGUGCUCCAGUGAGUGUUUCAUGGUUACAGCACGCGGACGUCUAGUCACUCUGCUCACGGGGGUGAGAGUUCUUAACGUGAAGGCGCAGUCCAAGUCUAAGCGGGAACCCCCAAAAAAAGACGGAAACUAUCCAUUUCCAAGGACAAUUUCUACUUGUUUUGCAUAGGGUGAUGUAACUGUUGUUGUCGGUGAACUAGUUUUGAUAACAACAGCCGCCCAAAUGGGGUCCUUCAGAUUGACGUUGAGUCUCCACAAAGAGCCGGAUAACAAGCCCGUCUUUUGCAAAGUGGACGGACAACGAUUCGCUCAGCCGAGGACCGUCAAAUUCCUGGCCGAUAGCAAAUACCGGGUCGACGUCAACAUCCGUCCCGCCAAAACCGUCAGGGGGAUCGCCGUGAUGGAAAAAUCGCUUGAAGUGACUGACAACUCAUCCAAACUGGAAGAUGAAAACGCUUCCAGCUAUUCGGCCCAAUUCCAGCUAGACAAUCUGCAACCAUCAAAGAAAGGACAAAGGGAAUCGGUUUCCUUGCAUGUGAAGUUGGACGGCGGUUACGAGUUCACUACGACCUUGCAGAUCAAAAUCUAUAAAGCAAACAGUACCCAACAUUGCGACUGGGGCACGACCGUUCACUCCAUCGAGUACGAAUGUCACACUGACCAGCAAAACAACAGCAUUAAAAUCGUCAAAGAUACUUUCCGAUAAAGUUCAUUCAAAGAGGAUGUCGGACAAACGACAAAAUGUCUUCGAUCGUCCUGAAUAACGACCACUUACAUGUUGAAGCUUAACGCAAUUUAAAUUUUGUUUUGUUUCCCCCUGUCUCUACGAAUCAGAUUUCCAGAGAACAACGAGAUCUCAUCCGUUUAAAAAACGACAAUUUAGUGCAAAUUAUGAUCAAAUGAGUCAAGUAGCGUGUCUCUAUUUUUGAAUGUUGAUUGAUUGAUUGUUGUUUAAUUUAUUUAUUGGACCCGCCAAGCGGCGAAGAACGCUGUUACAUCAACCCUCAACCAUGACAAAUUAAGUCAUUUACGCCAAAGGUUUCAUCAUUCAAGUGAAAAAUCUUUAAAAGGAUUGCAACACUUUUUCAGCGUGUCACCGAAAGGAAGGGAGUUACGUCAAUGAAGAGGAGCUGUUAACACGGGCAUAACACUAAUCUGAGCAACAAGGUAAAGCUCUACUGAACAACUUCAUUUCGCCAUUGGCAGGAAGACAAAGAGCCCGAGAGCGAUCACAUAAUUGCGGCAGAAGGACUACAC